UUGAACGCCUCAUAGCUGAAAGCGAGGAAGUUUCUGCAGGCAGUUAUGGCUCCAAGAAAGUGUUUUUACCGCUGCACAGGAAAUGCCACCUUGUUUAGCUUCCCCACAGAGCCAAGCGUCCGGAAGAAGUGGAUCGACUUUGUGUUUGCCGGAAAACCACAAAAAUACGCCACGGUGUUCAUUUGUUCACGCCACUUUACGGACGACUGUUUCCUCAACAAGGCCAGGUAUGACACUGGGUUUGCGGUUAGGCUGACACUAAAGGAAGGCGCCUUUCCAUCGAUACAAGGCCUUCUGCAGGACCCCAUAGCUAGCACGUCAACACAUGUGCAUUCAAAGUACAUAAACAGGGCAUGCCAAGUGGACCCUGUGCUUACAGUGUGCCGUGAAACGCAGUGCUGCCCUCACAUGGCAUCUGUUGGGACACAGGUGUUCUGGCAUCCUUCAACAAAAUGUGCAGCCACACAGUUGUCCUAUAAUACACUGAAAGCACAUGUAAGAAGCAAAGGGACACAGGUUAUUGUGUCAUGCCUGUCUACCCAGCAAGACACAGGGCUUGAACUGUCUUCCACAUCAGCAAAGGGUUUGCCCCUUGCACCUUCAGGGAGUAGACCAGCAAAGAGACCCCGUCAUGAAGGAGAGGAGGAGGCGGUAGAGCCGCACGACUUUACAAACCAGCCUGGUGACUCUGUGACAGAGCCAUCUGAAAUUAGGCAUGCCAAGAGUCUUCCCAAACCUGCCGUAAUCGAUCCACAGAAUAAGGAUCAGCAAUCACUGUCUCAGCAGGUCCAACAGAAGGACAAAACUGCAGAAGAUGGAGAUAAGAGGACAGACGCACCAGGGGCAGCUCCUGAAGCCGGCAUGUGCUCCGUGGAGGGCUGUAAUUCGUGGCAUCGCUGUGUGCCACGAUUCAAGAUACCGGAGGAUCCAGAGAGGAGGCUGGAGUGGGUCCAGUUUAUUCUGAAAGUCAACGAUCAUGGAGUGAAAGAGUCCUCCUGGACGGAUAUCACCAUCUGUGGGGAUCAUUUCACAGAGGACUGUAUAAUAAGACUGACUGAGACCGGGACGGUCGAGCUGGAGUCCAGCGCUGUCCCAUCCUUGUGGAUCAAGUCGGAACCAGAAGAAGCUGAGCUGAAACAGGAGCCUGAAGAACCCGUGGAAAUUGCUCUUCAGUGUGAUCUACCUGAAAUAUGUGAGAAUCCAUCUUCCUCUUCUAAAGAAUCACAACAAACUGCAGCAGCUGCCCAAAAAAGCCCUGCGCCAUGUGAGGCUUCAGAGGAUUUCAUGUCUGAUUUUCUUCAGAUGCUGCAAAAAGUCGGCAACAUUUCCGUGAUCAGGAAAAAAGCUGCACUCCUGCGGAAGAAAAAGAAGUAUGUUGUGAAUGAAAAACGCCUCCUCCAGUUGUUCAGCCACAAGUGCCCGUUAUGUGGCUCGAAAGUAAAGACGGAGAAGGUCACCUAUGGGCUGCUACUCAUCUUGAACCAGCAGUGCAUCAAGUGCACGUACAGAAACCAGUGGAAGAGCCAAGUCAAUGCCAGCAACCCAGCAGCUGAAGAUGAACACCUGAGAGAAGCAGUAGAAGUCGACCUGACUCCAAAGACCCAACAGACAGGGUCAACAGAUGACAACUGCAGCACUGUCGCAGGCAUGUCUGAGAUUGACGCUGUAAUUGAUGAGAGGAGUGAUUCCAUGGAUGAAUCAGAGGAAUCAGGUGAUGAGGGUGACACGGCUUCAGACGGGGACUGGAAUCCAGAGGAGGAGAUUUCACUGGCUUGCGAGCUUUUGGAUGAAUCUGAAGAGGAAAGCGGUGAUGAAGGGGAAGAUAUUCCCGUCAGAUACAGUCAGCUCUGCGCAGAGUGUGGAAGGUUUUUUCAUCACCAGAAAACUCACACAUGUGAGUACAAAAUUAAACCCUAUUCUUGCAAUAUUUGUGGAAAAAGAUGUGUUAAUGAGAUCGCGAUGACCGCGCACAGCAGAAUCCACGACGAAAACUAUGAAUUUAAAUGCAAAUAUUGCCACACUACAUUCAAAACAAAGGCGGACAAAAUCACACACGAGCAGAUCCACGUAAAUGAGGAAAAACCCUAUAAAUGCCCCGACUGUUCAGAGAUGUUUGCCACAAAUAAACAGCGCAGAAUCCACCGGAAGGAUCACGGCGGCCCCCGACUGUUUACAUGCCACAUCUGUGGGAUGGAAUUCACACGUAAAAUUUCUAUUAAGAGGCACUUGCUUGUGCACACAGGGGUGAGGCAGCAUAAGUGUUCAGUGUGCGAUCGCGGCUUCAACCAGGCGAGCCACCUGAAAUCACACAUGCGUCUGCACACAGGAGAGAGACCUUUUAAGUGUCAGCACUGUGACAAAAGCUUCACUCACAACGUGAGCUUGAAGAGUCACGUCGAGCGUUAUCACUCAUCCAAUUCUAGACGUGGACAGAAGAAGGGUAAAAGACACAAAACUGUGAGCAGCGCUGCUGAUGCUGAGGAUAAUGGGAGCCAGAGAGAUGCAGACUCUGGGCUUCACACUGUGGAAAAACAUGAUAAAGAAGAAAAUGUGCGAACGGAGACAAAAGGAAAAAGUAAAACUAUUUACAAAAAACGUUACAGGAGCACAGGUAGACCCUUAGGAAGGCCCAAGAGAAACACAGCAGUUAAUGUGGUUCUGGCAGGGGAAAUGCAAGGCCAGCAUUCAAACACAAAGACUGCCAAAUCAAAGGCGCAGAAGUUAAAGAGAAGACGUGGCGGUGAUGAAGAAAGUGAGGACGAGCCGACCGAAAGCGAAAUGUCAUUCGACUCAGCAGAGGAGGAAGAGGAGGAUAGUGAGAAAAAAUCAUCGAGCACAAGCAGAUCAAGAGGAAGGGCAAAUAAUCCUGACAGUAACUCUGAUUUUAACCCAGAAAAAGAAAGGAAGAAAAAGAGAGGCAGCAGCCAGAACAGUGGUAUAAAAAAAAACAUGACAAACAAGAAAGAAUAGAGUAGAUGAAGACACUUCAAAAAUCUGAAAAUAUUGAGUUGAGCUCACAAUAGAAAUCAAAAGAGAAAUACAGUUCAGAGUGUCAGAUAGAACUGGAUGGUUUUAAUGAUAUAUUUUAACUACUGAACAUGAUAAACUAAACAUGCACACUGAGGGUGGGGACUUUUUCAGACUUCACUAGGAUACUUUAUAAUCCUGUUCAGUAACGAUCAAUCUAGAUAAAAUUUUAUUAUAGUGGGUUGAUGUUAAGUUUCUGCUUCCUUGUGUUGUGUUCAGUAAGUUCAUCUAAUUCCCACAUAUUUUCAUUGGCAAAA